CCCUCUUUUCUCUCCUUUGAACACCAUAACACAUAAAACCAAACCUCCAAUUUCUCGACGUCUCAGAGAGACUCCCUCUUUCCCUCUCUCUUCUCCUCUUUCUCUCUCUGACCCUGCGAAUUGCGGUGGCCCCUUUUCUCUCUCCUUUCUCGAGGGGUCGUCGCCUCCUCUCUCCCCAGAAAAGAAAAAAAAUAAAAAAUUUGCAAGAACAAACCCUCCCCCGCUUCCCCCAUCCUUCAAACAAAAAAAGGGCUCGAAUUUCAAUCCGAUCAAACCCGAAUUCGCAUUCAGGAGCUGAGAAUUUGAAAGAUGUCGGAGAUGGCGAACACAGACCCGGAAGGGAUCGACGGAGUUCGGAUGACCUGGAACGUCUGGCCACGCACCAAGGUGGAGGCCAGCAAGUGCGUAAUCCCACUGGCCGCCUGCAUCUCCCCGAUCCGGUCCCACCCCGACAUCCCUACGCUCCCCUACGCGCCGCUCCGCUGCAAGACCUGCUCUGCCGUGCUGAACCCCUUUGCGCGCGUGGACUUCACCGCCAAGAUCUGGAUCUGCCCCUUCUGCUACCAGCGCAAUCACUUCCCGCCUCACUACGCCGCGAUCUCUGAGACCAAUCUCCCUGGUGAACUCUACCCUCAGUACACCACCCUCCAAUACGCUCUGCCGACCGAUUCCGCCGCCCCUCAAUCUCUGCCGUCCCCGGUUUUUGUCUUCGUGCUCGACACGUGUAUGAUCGAGGAGGAGAUGGAAUAUGUCAAAUCGGCGCUCAAAAGGGCACUUGGUUUGCUGCCCGAUAAUGCGCUUGUUGGGUUCGUUUCGUAUGGAACCCAAGUUCAGGUCCAUGAAUUGGGGUUCUCUGAUUUGUCGAAAGUGUAUGUCUUUCGGGGUAGUAAGGAGAUUUCAAAGGAUCAGGUUUUGGAGCAAUUGGGUCUCAGCGUUCUUGGUCGGAGACCUGGUCCAAUUGGUGUCGGAGGGUACCAGCCGAAGGGGGUGCAAAUGGGAAUUCCCAAUGCUGGUGUAAACCGCUUUUUGUUGCCUGCUUCAGAUUGCGAAUACACACUGAACACGCUGUUGGAUGAAUUGCAAACGGACCAGUGGCCUGUGCCACAAGGAAGUCGUGCUUCCAGGUGUACAGGAGUGGCGUUGAGUGUUGCUGCAGGGUUACUUGGAGCUUGUCUGCCUGGGACCGGGGCUCGCAUUGUAGCUUUGGUUGGCGGUCCAUGCACUGAGGGGCCUGGCGCGAUUGUAUCGAAAGAUAUGUCAGACCCAGUACGUUCCCAUAAAGAUCUGGAUAAGGAUGCGGCACCGUACUUUAAGAAAGCAAUCAAGUUUUAUGAAAAUCUUGCAAAACAGCUGGUUAGCCAAGGCCAUGUCUUAGACCUGUUUGCAUCUGCACUCGAUCAGGUUGGGGUUGCAGAAAUGAAAGUUGCAAUUGAAAGAACUGGUGGGCUUGUUGUUCUAGCAGAAAGUUUUGGUCAUUCUGUAUUCAAAGACUCUUUCAAGCGUGUUUUUGAAGAAGGGGAACAAUCGCUUGGCCUAUGUUUCAAUGGUACACUUGAGAUCAACUGUUCGAAGGACAUAAAAAUUCAGGGGGUCAUUGGACCCUGCACAUCUUUGGAGAAGAAAGGACCUGCUGUUGCUGAUACUGCUAUAGGGGAGGGAAAUACAACAGCUUGGAAAAUGUGUGGCCUUGACAGGAGUACUUGCUUGACAGUUUUCUUUGAUCUCUCGUCUAGUGAUCAGUCAAAUACACCGGGAACUGUAAAUCCACAAUUGUAUUUGCAGUUUCUUACAAGCUUUCAAAACCCUGAAGGUCAAAUGAUGCUUCGAGUAACCACAAUUACUAGACGAUGGAUAGAUAGUUCCGUUAGCCCAGAGGAAUUGGUUCAAGGAUUUGACCAAGAGACUGCUGCUGUAGUGAUGGCAAGAAAAACUUCCUUGAAAAUGGAGUCAGAGGAAUCUUUUGAUGCUACACGAUGGUUGGAUCGAGGACUUAUUCGCCUCUGUUCGAAAUUUGGUGACUAUCGAAAAGAUGAUCCAUCAUCCUUUACUUUAAAUCCCUGUUUCUCAUUAUUCCCUCAAUUUAUGUUUAACCUCCGACGCUCACAAUUUGUGCAGGUUUUCAACAACAGCCCAGAUGAAACUGCAUAUUUUCGCAUGUUGUUAAAUCGGGAAAAUAUCAGCAAUGCUGCUGUCAUGAUACAACCAUCAUUAAUAUCUUAUUCGUUUAAUUCGCUGCCUCAGCCAGCAUUGUUGGAUGUAGCAUCCAUUGCAGCUGACCGUAUUCUCCUGUUGGAUUCAUAUUUUAGUAUAGUCAUUUUCCAUGGAAUGACAAUAGCACAAUGGCGUAACAUGGGAUACCAGAAUCAGCCAGAACACCAGGCAUUUGCACAACUACUGCAAGCUCCUCAUGAUGAUACGCAAUUGAUUGUUCGGGACCGUUUCCCUGUCCCUAGAUUGGUGGUGUGCGAUCAGCAUGGCUCCCAGGCAAGAUUCUUGUUGGCAAAGUUGAACCCGUCAGCAACAUACAACAAUGCCCAUGAAAUGGCUGCCGGUUCAGAUGUAAUCUUCACAGACGAUGUGAGCCUUCAAGUUUUCUUUGAGCAUCUUCAGAGGCUGGCUGUACAAUCCUGAGAGAGCCAAAUAGAAAUUUGAAUUCUGCAGCUACACUUGAUUUUGGUGCGGGGAAACUUGGUUGGUUUAGAUUUUCUACCCCCUCUUGUCCUCCUGUUCCAUUCAGUUGUUUUCCUUUCUUUCCAAUGUAUCUAAAGACUAGAGGCGAGACCCCCAAAAUUCUUUUAAUAAGGAAAAAAGCUUACAACAUUCUUUGGGGGGGUGCGGGAAAGGUAUUUAGUACUGCCUUUUGAUAGAAUAAGGGACGUGAAAGGCGAAAUGAGUUUGAUAUGUUUGGAAAGAAAGGUAUAUGAGAGGAAUGUGAGUUAAAGUGCGUUCCGUGCUUGGGUUGCGGAGCCAAUUCGGGAGGAUAUGUUGUGAGAUUUUUCUUUUUACAUUUUGUGUCUCUACUCAACCAGGUCAGGAGGUACUUUCUUGUGGCUGAAGUUUUUAAGUUGUAUACUGUGAUGGGCUUAUGAAGGUAGGCUGUAUGUACUUUUUUUAUUUUAUAUAAAUAUAUUAGGGGGAGAAAAGAAAAUGUUUGGAUUCAUUUCAGGCUGAAGUUGAGGACAUUAUUGUUAUUGGAUACUUUCCGUUGUAUUGACUUGACAAUAGAAAUGUUUUGGAAAUUGUUGAGCUGA